CGCCGAGCGCAGUAAACACGGGUCACAUGACCACGGCUCGGCUGCUGGACGCGAAUGGCUGCAGCCCGGGCGAGAGACGGCCGGAGGAAGACUUGCCGCUGCCCAGGGUCGCUAUGAGAGCGGGGCUCCUUUAAAUACAGCGGGAGGCCCAGAAGUCAAAGUCUUCGGCGCUGCGGAAAGAAGAACUGAAAGAAAAGCGACAGCAUUCAUGGAUAUAGUUGACACCUUUAACCAUUUAAUUCCCAGUGACCAGUUGGAUGACACCUUAUUACUAGGGCCGAACUUGGACAGUGAAGUCAGUGAUGAAUUUGGAACAGGUCACAACUUACUGGAAGACUCUUUAAAGAACAUGCUAAGUGACAAAGAUCCUAUGCUUGGAUCUGCUAGUACCCAGUUUCAUCUUUUAGAUAAUGAUGAUGCCAACUUUCAAAUCGCUGACUCGACAGCUGUAGGGCUUGACAUGAUGAGUGAGGGUGGUAUAAAGGCAAGUGGCCAUGGUGCCACAGAGGAUGACUUGAUGCUUCUGAACAAGAACCAGAGAGGCAGAGCAAAACCUGCUUUAGGUUCACCCAGGAAGUCGCCGCGCUUAAUGGCUCAAGAACCUGUUAGGAGUUUGCGACAGAGUACCUUAGCGAGGCGCUCUGGCCCUACAGACACAUCUGCUGUUAAAAAAUCCCCGGCCAAAUCUGGGCAGGGCAGGCGAGGAGGGAGCAAGCAGCUUCAGGAGCAGCCCCAGGAGCAUGCCGGGGCAGAUAUGGGCUCUGAGGAGGAGAAGGAGAAGGCAGAGCUGGCGAGGUGCAGUGGCAGCAGUGGCGAGCCGAAGCUGCCGUCAUCAGCUGUUGCCACGGCAGAGACGUCCGCUGUCACCGCUGAAGGAGAUGCGAGCAGCAGCUCGGAGACUGGAGAGCCGGCAGAGCCUCCCCAAGACUCUUCAGCAGGAGACACAGACAGCGCGCAGCCUUUGAAAGAUGCCGAGGAGACGCUUUGCCAAAUAACAAGUGCAGAGAGCGGGGAACAAGACAAGCCCCGAGCUGCACCGGGCUGCGGAAGGGAAUCGGGGGCAGGCUUCAGUGCCGCCCCAGAGAAUGUGGCGAGCGAGGCUGACAUCGGCGUGGCCUCCGAGCUGGGGCCUUGCGUCAACCCCAAUGAAGUUCAGGAAGGCCCCCACGUGCUCGUGAGCACCAGCAAAGUGGCGGAUUGGGCACCGAGGGACUCGGGUGGGGCAAAGAGGGCAGAGACGGAACCAAAAAAUAAGGACCAAAUAGCUCAACAGAGACUGGAGGCGAGCAGUGGUAGAAAGAUUCAGCAGAGAAGAGCCCAGGAUGGAAGCGAAGCCCCGCAUCUCGCAGAGCCCACCAAAGCAAUGGGGCCGAGCGCGCCCAAGAGUAAGAUAGGCCAGCAGCCACUCAGAAAAUGGGACCAGAAAGUUGCGGUCAGGAGACAGCUGAAGUCUAAGCAGGUCCGUUCUGUUAUGGAACAGAGGAAGCAGCUUUUACCAAAUGUACAGGGAGAGAGGAUAAGGCCUGAGGUUGUGCCCCAGAAAAAGACCAGGAGUGACUUUCAGAAUUUUCUGGGCUUGAAAAGGAAGCAAAGCUUAACAGCCGGGAAGGGGAAAGCGGAUGAGCUUAAAAGGAAUUUCCCACCCAAGAUUCAGAAAACACAGCACAAUCAGGACGUGAAGACGGGGAAUGUGCACAUCCCAGGGCCUCAGAAACCAGCCCCGCUUUUCAGCAAGAGCUCCAAAUCUCCCGAGGUAGUUCGCUCUUCAACUAACAGAGCAUCAUCGUCUCGUGGGGGUCAGGAGAAACCCAAGAGCCAGCACGCAGGUAUGCAGGCUGGUGUUGGCAAACCUUUUCAUUCACAGGUGGGGCUGAAACCACAGAACCCGCAUAUAGUGGUGGGUAAUAUAUCCAGCUAUGUUCCUGUAGAUGGCUUUGACGAUGAUGACAGGGACAAACCCAAAGUAAAAAGGGCUGAGAAGGGAUUGCAUAGACAGAGGAGGAGCAGUAGGAGCCUGUCCCUGGACGAGCCGCCGUUAUUCAUUCCGGAUAAUGCCCCUGCUGUGAAAAAAGAAGGCCCAGAAGACGAUUCCACUGACAGUGAAGCGCUGUGGGAUCCCAGCAAGCACUGCGGCUUGUGCAAGAAGCCCCACAACAACAGGUUCAUGGUGGGCUGUGGCCGUUGCGACGACUGGUUCCACGGCGAGUGCGUGGGGCUGGACCUGGCCAAGGCGCAGCAGAUGGAGCAGGAGGAUCAGGAGUACGUGUGCUUGAAGUGCUGCGCCGAGGAGGACAGGAAGGCGCAGGGCGGGGAGCAGCAGCGCCCCCCGGAGGGCCAGCUGCAGGAGAGCAGGCCUGCCGCCAGGGCGGAGAGACAGGGCCACACGCUGCCGCUGCCCGCGCCCCUGUCUGCGCCCGCGGGGGGCCACCCUCACAGCGAGCUGCAGGACGCAGCCAGCCCGCCGGAUGACCGCAAGCACCGCGUCAGGAUUUUCAGGAAGGACUCUGUAGAAAGAAGGCAGUCAGAACAGAAAGAUGUGGAGCACAAAAGACUACAUUCCAGUUUGGACCACAAACCAGGCCAAGCAAUAGGAGUGAAGCAGGGAGACAGCAGGACCCAUGUGGACACUGUGCAGAAGUCUGGGAUGCAUGAGAAACUGGAUAUGAAGAAGGCAAAAGUUGAAAAGGUUCCUGUCACCUCACCUACAGCAUCCAAAAAACCCUCAGUUGAGCAGAUCAGAAAGAAUGUCCGGGAUUCCCUGAAGGACAUCCUUGUCAAAAGACUCAGCGAAUCUGACAUGAAGGUUUCAGCAGAAAGAGCUGCGAGGGUUGCCCUGAAAACGGAGAAGGAACUUUUUGCUUUCUUCCGAGACACCGACUCCAAGUAUAAAAGCAAAUACCGCAGCCUGAUGUUUAACCUUAAAGAUGCAAAAAACAACGUGUUAUUCAAGCGUGUUCUCAAAGGGGAAAUCACUCCAGACCAUUUGAUCCGGAUGAGUCCUGAGGAACUUGCAUCGAAAGAGCUGGCUGCCUGGCGACAAAGAGAGAAUCGACAUACAAUUGAAAUGAUUGAAAAGGAGCAGCGGGAGGCAGAGAGGCGGCCGAUCACUAAAAUCACUCACAAAGGAGAAAUCGAAAUUGAAAACCAGGAGCCCGUGAAAGAGCCAGAAGCGAUGGAGGUGGAGCCAGAGCCUGUACCCAAACCCGCUGAAGAGCCUGUGGAUGUUCCUGAAGAGGAGGAAUCGGAGAUUAGCAAAGACACAACAAGCCAGCACAAGAGACACCUUUUUGACCUCAAUUGCAAGAUCUGUACAGGUCGAAUGGCUCCACCUGUUGAGGAUGCGAGUACUAAGGUAGUGAAGGUGGCCACCACUGUGAUCCGGAGGCAGUCCAGUGCUGAGGGAGAAACACCAGUCGAAACAACAACCUCUGCUCAGCCUGACACUCUGGCCUUCGGUGACUUAGAGGAGAAUAAAUCCCUGACUUCCAGGGUCUCUUUCUCCUCUGAGGGGAGAUCUGAAGCUCCCAGCAGUGGAGAGGAUGAAGCCACAUUCCUCUCUCGUUUGGAGUCUCUUUGGAAAGGGUUCAUCAACAUGCCUUCUGUAGCGAAGUUUGUAACUAAGGCUUAUCCAGUAUCAGGCAUUUUGGACCACCUAACUGAGGACCUGCCAGAUAGCAUUCAGGUUGGUGGGAGGAUAUCACCUCAGACAGUGUGGGAUUAUGUGGAAAAGAUUCGUGCCUCAGGAACAAAAGAGGUGUGUCUGAUUCGGUUCUCCCCGGGGACAGAAGAAGAUGAGAUCUCCUACACGCUGCUGUAUGCCUACUUUAGCAGCCGCAAGCGUUAUGGUGUUGUAGCCAACAACAUGAAGCAGGUUAAAGAUAUGUACCUCAUUCCCUUGGGGUCUUCAGAAAAAAUCCCCCAUCAUCUUGUACCUUUUGAUGGUCCAGGUUUAGAAGCCAAACGUCCAAACCUUCUUCUAGGACUAAUAAUUCGACAGAGGGUCAAGAGGGACUUUGGAGUUGUCCUACCAGUAGAUGUUUCUGAAAGUUCUUCAAGUAGGUUUUUGCCAGAGAAAAGGACCAAGGUAGAUUUACCAAAUGAAAGUGAAGAUGGCCCUGAUGAACAAAAUGACUUCUUCAACCCCCUGAAAGUAGUCGCACCAAAGCAUCUUGGGAAAGCUCAGCAGUCUGGUCAGGAUGAGGCUGAAGAUGAAAAGCAGCAACAUGAAGAAGCUCCUAUAGUGGUGGAAAGCAACGUACAGGAGCCUCCAAAACCAUUGCGGUUCCUUCCCGGUGUUCUGGUUGGUUGGGAUAACCAGCCUUCCACUCUUGAUCUGGCAAGCAAACCAUUGCCCAUGGAUAUUAUCCAGAGCUUACUGGGUACAACAGAAAAGGCACCAGAGAAAGAGACCACAGGUGAUGGAGUUUCUUCAGAAAAUAUAGCAAGCAAAAACCCAUCUUCAAAUGGUCCUAAAUUAGAUCGAUUUAUUGUAAAAAAGAAAGAAGCCAAAAUUGUUACAAUAGAGCAGCAGUCUAAUCCAAAUGACAAGUGUACAGCUAAUGAUUCUUCAGGUGUGGAGCCGUCUAGUGGUCCUUCUCCCGUUUCUCUGAAAGACAAACCGCCAGAUGUUUCUACAGAGGCAUUCCUUGCUAACUUGCCCACAGCUCAAGCAGGUAAAGAGGAAGACACCUUGUCAGAAAAUAAGGUAGAAAAUAAGGUUUUUGCACAGAAAGAAGAAUUGCAUAAAGCCCAACUGAAAAGCGAAGGAUCAUCGGCUACUGAAAAAAUCGGCAACAUCAGUUCAGUUUCCCCAGCUGUGUCUAGUGCGUCUGCUGAGGAACAACAGCCCACUGUCUCAAAAUCCUCAGUGUUUUCUGGUUCGGUGAAGGACCCCAGACAGACUGUGGGAAGAAUCUUGAAAAGCAGCCCUGCCCCAUACUUGUCCCAAAAGCAAAGCUUUAAUGAUGAUGAUGGACAUAGAAAUGCUCAAGAAAAAGAAGUUAGUUUUAAGGCAGAAAAUGUACAUUCUGGUUCUAUAGGUAAUCCUAUUCCUCGAGAACAUACCCCUGUAUUUAACGUUCCAGUGCUGAAUACUGACAUUCAGUGUUCAUCAGCUCGUGCGGUGGGAACACCGCAGGGCUAUUCAUAUCAGCAAGCCCUCACACGGCAAGAGGAAGUUCAGAAUAUAAGCACAGCCCCAUCUUUUGCUAAGGGUGCUGAUCUGAACAUGCCUGUGCAGGGUCACCCCCAGGGUCCCCCUGUAGGGGUGUUCCCUCAAGGAGGGCCUGCACCUCCACCGUCCAGCUUCCCUCCGCUUCAUGCCAGUGGUCCCGAAUUCCAGUACCACUCCAUACCAGCACCAGGUUUCCCGGGACAAAACAACUCAGUGCCUCAGUUCCAGCCACAGCUCCAGCCGAUGCCACCCAAUUUCAGCUUUCCAAGAGCUGCCCCUCCCAUGUUUCACCAGCCAGAACCAGAGGGCCCGAGUCACGGUGCAUCUUGGCCCGGAGCUGGCCCUCCUCUGCCUGGUUUCCCACCACGGCACCUACUUCCCGGACCGGCACCUCCAUAUGAGCCGCCAAGGUACGUGGGGUCUGGGAAGCCGCUGCCUUCAAAGGAGGACAAGGGCCCGGAAAGACGCUACAGCGAUCACUGGGACAGGCAGCCCCAUUAUUCCGAUGACGCUUACAAGAGAGACCAUGGCAGUCAACAGGGCCGGCAGAGGUUCUACAGCGAAUCUCAUCACGAGAGGAAAGGAAGGGAGCACGAGAGGGACAGGGGAAAACACUGGGAGCAUCACUCGGAGCAAGGCGGGCACCGGGAGAGAAGCCACAGCAGAGAGGAGAAGAGCAGGGAGCACCACAGGAGCCACGAAGAGCGGCACCGGGACAGACACCCGAGUCACGGCGCGGAGCACGGCCGAGCGGAGCGGCACCGGGACCGGCAGCAGAGCGGGGAGCGUGGCGGCCGGCACGACGCGGAUCGGGAGAAGAACCGGGAACGGGACAGGCACAAGAAAGACUACGAGUGCGAGAAAGGGGUGAAGUCCCCGAAAGAGAAAUCAAAAGACGAUAAACAUUUAUGAUGGCUUGUUUUCAUGGCGCCAUCUUCUUAAUGUGCAUAGUUGUUUCUAUCGGUAUCAGAUUGCAUUUACACACCCGCUGAAACUCUCCUUAAUUUUAUCUUUAGAAACAGAACCAGUAAUACUUCAGUAGUUGAGCUUUUUAAUAUGUUAAAGCUAAUAUAUAAGAUGCCUUUUUUAUUACUGACAAGAUAUAUUCAUAUCUUUUGAGUUGGUUGGGUUUUAAAUUUAACAGAAAAAAGUGGUUGUACAUUUCUGGUUUGGAUCCUUCUGUUUCUGUUUCGUAUGUUGUACGACUGUAAUUAGAACUCGAGUUUUGAGUUUUUUUUUUUGUUUUAAAAGAUACUACUCCAUGCUGUUGGUGAAACCAGUCACAUUGCAUGAAGCUACUUCAGAUGGCAAACAUACUUGGAAUUAAAUAAGUAUUUUCAUCAUAAAAUCAGUGCAUUUUUUUUCAAUGUAAUGAAGUUUGUAAGGUCAAGGAAAAAUGACUUUUAAAAAUCUUUUUAGCAGCAUUGUUGGUCUUGGGUAUCAAUUUUUUUUUAAUUUCUUCACUAAAAUAAAUGUUUUUUUAAAUAUUUGUCCAUAA